ACUUUCCUUAUUUAAGACAAAACUUAAUCUGCCAUCAGCAGGGUAGUGAUAUUUCAGCAAACACUAGAAUUUGGGAAGUUCCCGAGCUCAAAAGACAAAGAAGAGAUUGCUACAGUGUUCUAAAAUAAACACUGACCUAACCUUGGCAAGGAUCUUUCUCCUCACCCCCUCCCAUGCCUCUCUGACAAAAACCACCACUGGCCAAAUGGGAUUUACUUAAUACUACAAAAACAGCAGGAAAAGGCAAGCGUCCUCACAAGGGAUAAGAGACAACGGAGGUAUUUUUAAAGAAUGCAUUCAUCUGAGACAUGAACAGAAUAUGCAGAACUCAAAAGACAAGAGAAGCUGCCAUUUCCCCUAACCUUCCAAACCACUGUCAAUCCAAGCAAAGUCCUAAGUGGAGCAGAGCCCAUGUGCACAUAACGGGUAUGACAAGCCUUGCGUUGUGCACUGAGGUCCCUGGAGGCUCACAAUUCCCCCUGACCUGUCACUUCUCUCGCAAAGCACGUCACUCCCUCCCCUUUGGGACUUGGGGACAUAAAGCAAAAAUCCCAGAGUCUAAUCCUUGGGAGUGGUGCAAGGAGGAGGAGCUAUGGCCUUUCCGGUUAUGGGGAAACACCCUGAGCUCUGGGAAUUUCCCUGGCCCGGAGCUCUGGCUUUUUAGCAUAAAAGGGGCUGGACAGAGCCCUAGAGCUCCAGAAGGCUCCUCAGAUCUUUCAACCAGCUCCAGCACUCCAGACUCCAGCCACACUCCAACACAGCACCAUGGCCUCAGCCUCCCGCUCGCUUCUUCGUGCAGGGCUGCUGCUGCUGUUGCUGCUCGCCACCAGCCACCAGGCUACAGGGGCUCCAGUCGCCAACGAGCUGCGCUGUCAGUGCCUGCAGACCAUCGCAGGGAUUCACCCCAAGAGCAUCCAGAGCUUGAAGGUGACGCCUCCAGGACCCCACUGCACCCAGACCGAAGUCAUAGCCACUCUCAAGAAUGGUCGCGAAGCUUGCCUAAACCCUGAAGCCCCCAUGGUUCAGAAGCUUGUCCAAAAGAUACUAAAGAAGGGCAUCUCCAAGUGACCGAAAAAGAAGGAAGACUGUUCUGAUGGCGCCUGUCAGGAGAACGCCGGCUUCUGACAACACUAGCUUAACACAUUUUACAGUUUCUUGUGAGAGUUCUAUUUAUUUAUGUAUUUAUUUAUUUCACAAAGCAUGUGCUUUUUUAUUUUGCAUUAAUAUUUAAGGAUGUGGAUGUGUUUCAUCAGCGGUAGUUCAGUUCUGAUUGUUCAGUUUAAACACAGGUUUAGAGUGUCUGAUUAAACUAAUAUUUAUGGGGAGAGCCGUGAGAUGUCGACCACUGUGAUAGCAGGGCGUGAGGUGGGGAGAUGAGAGAGUGUGAUCAGGUUUUGUGUUAGAGCGAGGAAGUGUGUGGGAGUCCAUGUUUUCUUGUUUUGAAAAGAAUGUCAGUUAUUUAUUGAAAGUCAUCUUUCAAGUUAUAUGAUCAACAUUGACAUGUUGAAGUGUCCCUUGGACAUUUUUAUGUCUAGUUUGUAGGGCAUAAUGCCCUUUUAUAGUCUUUAACCAAUGUUUCUUCUUGUCUUGAGACUGAGAAGUUCGAAGGACUGUUACAAAUGGAAUUAAAAAAAAUAAAAGUUUUAUCAAAAAAUAA